GAGAGAUUCGUCGGAGACAUUGCAGAAAUCGGAAGAAGAAGAAGAUGUUGAGAACUCGCCUUCUCUGGUUUACGGUUGGGUUUUCCGUCAGCGGAGCUUCCAUUGCUCAUCUCGUGUGGCGUGAUCUCUAUGCAGAACGUUUCGCUAUAACCUCUGAUAUGAAGGAGAAAUUCAAUGCUUUAGAAGGUAGAGUUUCAGGUCUGGAGUCUGCUGGUUAUGAGAAUCCGAGUCCAGCUCAGGUUGAGAGUUGAAGACUAUUCGGAAGCUUCCAAGCCCAAAUUAAUCAAUGACUUGGCUCAUCUGUGAUAGAGUUGCGAUGAUGCCAUCUUCUUCACUCGGAACUUCUAAGAUGCUUGGAAUGAUCUUCUAAACUUAAAACUUUUUGUUUUUGUAAACUACUCACCUUUCGAGUUUUGGCUCUCAGACUUACAUUUGUGUUACAAAACAUUCGGCAAGAGUGGUUCGUUUAAUUCUAAGAAGUGGGUUGUAUAUGAAA